GACAUUUGAGCUUGACAUUGUUCAAUGUCAGGUUUGUUGCACAAGUUAAUUUGUUUGCUUCUCGACGACGGGCUUUUAGCUUCUGGCCCGGCUUGAUUAACCGUCUAGUUUGUGUUUUAUGUCUAUUUUAACACGGUCCUUCCAUCUGCUGUCCAGAAUGUCCAAGUACAGUGGUAAGAAUCUGGCUUCCCUUUCACCGGCCGAGAUAAAACAAUGGAUCGAUUCGUUCGACACGGUGCUCACGGAUUGCGAUGGUGUGAUUUGGGUGGACAACAAUCCGUUGCCCGGUGCGCCGGAUGUGAUUAAUCGAUUCAUCGCGAACGGCAAGAAGCUGUUCUUCGUGACCAACAAUUCCACAAAAACACGACCCGAAUUCGUGGAGAAAGCCGUAAAGUUAGGUUUUAACGUCACUAUCGAUAACAUAAUUUCCACGGCAUACCUAGCCGCACAGUACCUGAAGAAUGUGGGAUUCUCGAAAACCGUGUACGUUAUCGGCUCGACGGGAAUCACCAAAGAGCUGGACGCGGUCGGUAUACGGCACAUUGGCAUCGGUCCCGAUACGCUCCAGGGCACGCUGGCCGACACGGUUGCCAGUUUUGUGCCGGACCCGGACGUCGGUGCGGUUAUUGUUGGGUUCGAUGAGCAUUUUAGCUUCGUGAAGAUGAUGAAGGCUGCGUCGUACCUUAACAAUCCGGACGUUAUCUUCAUCGGCACGAACACGGAUGAACGGUUCCCGAUGCCGGACCGGGUUAUCCCCGGUACGGGCAGUAUUGUGAAGGCCGUGGUAACAUGCGCGGAACGGGAUCCGAUCGUAAUGGGUAAACCCAAUCCACACAUUUGUGAGAUCAUCCGCAAGGAGUACGAUGUGGAUCCGGCACGAACGCUCAUGAUUGGUGACCGGUGCAAUACGGACAUUUUGCUCGGAACGAAUUGCGACUUUCAGACGCUGCUGGUCGAAACGGGUAUACAUAAUGCGGCGGACAUCGAAAGAUAUGCGGUGUCCGGUGAUCCGGAGCUGAAGGCACAAGUGCCGGACGUGUAUCUUGCAAAGUUGGGAGAUUUGCUGCCGUAUUUGUAAGUGGCUUUUUGUUUCAGCUAAGCUAAGCUUAAAGUAGGCGAAACCAUUGUCGGACGAUGGUUUCGCGAAAGUGCUCUGUUAAAGCGCUACCUCAAUAAGUGUGCUUGGUGAGUUUUGUUUUGAGCAAAUGCUCCAAUAAAAAGACAUUACACCAUUUGAUGGUAUGGAAUAAUAAA